AUGAUGAUGGACACAGCUCCGACGAUCAUGAAUCCGAGCCUGGCUCAUCCACCACCGGUGGCGAGUACUCCCGUGCAAGAUGCAGUGAAGGCUUGUCAGUUCGGAGACGAGGAUGCACUUCAAGAGCUCUUGGAACCAGCAACGGGCAGGGCCCUGGUGGACGUUAACGACCGGGAUGCCGAAGAUGUGCCAUUGCUUCACUGGGCCGCAAUUAACGACCGGCGGGGGGUCGUGAAGUACCUCUUGAAGCGGGGCGCAGACACGUGCGCUAUCGGGGGAGUGCUGAAAGAGUCGGCCUUGAUGUGGGCGGCCAGGCAGGGAUACAUGACCAUCAUUGUUGACCUCUUGCAAGCCGGGGCGGACUGCCUUCAACGCAAUACCUACGGGCAGACGGCGUUACACCUGGCUGCGCAGCGGGGGCACGUGAACACCGUUCUCGUGGUGCUGGCAGCAGGGACCCCUGUAUCCUCCAAAGAUUCCAAGGGGUUCACGCCGCUCAUGUACGCGACCAAGCUCCGCAUCAGCAACGUCGACCUCAUCCGAGUCCUGCUGAACUACGGUCCCUCUCCGGGGGUGGAAGAGAAAGACCUCGAGGAAGGGAACACCCCCCUACACUGGGCCAUCGUGGGCGGCGUCCAAUCGCCAUACGCCUUGUCCCCGAUCCUUAAGGCGGGAGCGAGCCUGGACGCGGCGAACAAAGCAGGCUUUACCCCAGAGGAGCUGGCGUUGUCACUGGGAAACCAAGGGCUGGGAGGUUACCUCAAAACGUGCCGAAAUAUCCCGAUCAGAGCAAGGGAUGUCCCUCUGAAGCGGGGCCUGUUUUUGCCCCUGAUUCAGCUGCUUUGGUGCUUCGGGUUCGUGAACACGUUCGGCUGUUGGGGGUGCUUAGGGGGGGCUGCGGGGAUCGGGGCAACGAGCUCUCUGACGUACAAGAUCGUGCAGUUCGACGCGAACUGGGUGCCACUGGGGGUGGCGCUGUGGUCCCUGGUGCUUAUCGUCGCCUCGGAAGCGGCGUUUCUUUGGGAGGAGCAGGCGGCACUGCGAUCGAUGGCGACGCUGCUGCCAGCUCUUGUGACGCUGUGCUUCCUGUACAAGUCGAUGGCAACAAAACCAGGUUACCUUGCAAUGGACCCAUCGGCGAGAGAGAUGGCGAUAAACAGGUUGGCGGAAGAAGGCCGCUUGAACAGCGAGACGCUGUGCACGACGUGCAUUGUGGAGAAGACUCCUCGCUCCAAGCAUUGCGAUACCUGUGGAAGGUGCAUCUUGCGGUUCGACCAUCACUGCCCGUUCGUGGCAAACUGCGUGGGGCAGAACAACCACCGAUUCUUCGUUGGUUUUCUCUUUUUCGCUGUUGUGGGGAUAUCUUCUUUCCUGUGGAAUCUGUACAGCUACGGGCAAGCAGAGUGCGGGGAGUGGGCCAUGUGGCGGUGCGUCUUCGGUCACUCGAAGUUCCUUGGCUGCACGGCCAUCUUAGCGGCUUAUCACGACGUUUGGAUAGGGCUCCUCCUGCUCACGCACCUUCGAAUGGUACUGAUCAACAUGACGACCUACGAAUCGAUUAAGGGGAGGCGAUGGGUGGACAACACCACCCAUGGCAAGCCGUUUUACGUGCGCUACCCCACGAACUGCUUCCGAUUCUUCUUCCGCCCUGGGCGCGAGUCCGGCAGGAUGGCCGGCGCCUACGGCCGUGUGCCGACCCAGGACCUUGACAUGAUGGGCAAAAAGGACGAGGAUGCGCUGGACUCGAUGGAGGGCGGGGCUAGCCGCGACGGGGGGAUGAACGCCAACGAGUCGCGCGUCGUGUAGAACUCCUGACGUAUCCUCCAGCAAGGAAACGCUCUUCUAAAGAAAAGUCUCGCCCUGUCCGGAUGGUUUUAGCCUUUGGUCCACCCUCUUUCCUUUUUGAGUGAAACGGCCGAGGAGUUCUGUUCCGCUCCGCGGGGGCAUGUUUUCAACGUAUCGACGAUUUACUCGCGUCUCUUCCUGGUACAAGUUUGUUGUAUGGCUGUUUCCUAGGGCCCGAUGUGUCCCGAAAGCGGAGCAAGUCCGCUGCUUUGAGGUUCCGAUGUCGCUGACUGCAAUUGUACGUAUUUUCGAAAUUGUUCAGAGAGAAAAUUCGCCGAUGAGGCGACGGAGUGCUUGUUGCACACUUUGCGUGAUGGCUGCACCGUGUUGUUAAUAGCACGGGCGCCAGUGUACCCACAGUGUUGUUACUGCUGUGUUACAAGGAGCCCAAUUGUAUUGCCAACCGGGCUUUCCUUGUAACGCUAAGUACGUGUCCGAUGGUGCUGUACGGGAUUUGGUCGGUAGCGCAUCAUUCACUAGAAGUAGUGUCAUGGUUGUUCCGUUGUGUUGGUUGUAGGUGUAAGCGAGCGUUUGGCGUUCUGUUGAACACAUACAGUAGACCGGGGUAUCGACAUGUAUGUGUGCACGGAUCGCAAGUGCUUGCUCGAGCCGAUGAUCUGUUCUGUCGGCAGC